AUGGCACGUACAAUCAGCGUCACGACGUUGGUCCACCCACCCGUGCUUGCGCUGUACAGCGCAGGUAGUGCUACGGCAUUGGGGGCGGUUCUUCUCAAGGCCGGUCUGGAGCAGCCGGAUUAUUUUUCAGCGGCGACGUGGAUCGCCAACAGCAAUGGCUGUUUCCUCAUCUUGUUCAACUUUGUCUUUUCCGUGCUGCUGCUUUGCGGACGGCUCAUGCAAUGCAUUUUGUUUGGACAGCUGCGGCGCACAGAGCUGGAAAAGUUUACGGAGAUGCUGGGCUUUCAACUCUUUGACGUAUUCCUUACCUUGACGUUGUUUCCGAUCAACUUUAACUUACAGUACGUGGCCUUGGCGUGCAUCUUUAAGUUUGUCGAGCUCUUCCAUUUGCUGGCCAGCAUUCGGAUCGAGCAAAUGGGCCAGAUGCAGUCGUUUACGCGCCUCUUCCAUGUACGCAUGCUCGCCCUCUUUUCUUGGCUCGGCGCUGUGGACGUCUUUUUGGCGUUUGUCAUGACGCUGCUCACUGCACAGGAUUUCGGCCCGGGCAGUUUUAUGAUUUACAUGACUGCCUCUGCAUUUCUCGAAACAAUUCAUCUUGGCGCGCUGAUGUGCAAGUACGCAUGCGAGUGCUACGAACAGUCACAGGAGGAGCUGUGGCACGAAAAGAGCCGCUAUUUGUUCUACAUCGAUCUUGUCUCUGACUUGCUCAUGUUUUUAACCUACCCUGCAUGCUAUGGCCUGUUUAUCUUGUUUAGCUCGUCGGGUGCACCAUUUUUCUUGCCAUUCAGUGCAACACGCAACUUUUCCUUGCUGGGCUUUUCGCUCUACAAAAAGGUGCGCGAGCUGCUGCGGUUCCGCGCAGCGACACGCGAUAUGGAGAACAGGUACCCAUCGCUUACCUACGACGAGCUCGAGGAAAUGGGCGACAGGACGUGCAUCAUCUGCCGCGAAGAGUUUGUCAUUGCCGCGCCGGCAGACACGGAAAGCGCACCGCUGGAUGCAAAUAGCGUGCCGAAAAAGUUGGGUUGCGGGCAUGUAUUUCAUUUCAGGUGCUUGCAUUCAUGGCUGGAGAGACAGCAAAGCUGCCCGACGUGUAGGCGCAGUGUACUCGAGACCAGUGCGGGGCCGAGCGUGCCGCAGGGGGAAGCGACACAGCCACAAGGCACUCCAGCACCAGGAGGCGCCACAGAGGGAACAAGUUCACCUGCUGUGCCGCCCACAGCAUCGAGCGAGCAUCACGCGCCGCACCAAGCAAGUGCACACGAAGAAGCUUUGGCUUCGCCACUUGCAUCGCUCAUGGCCCGCUUUGGACAGCCGCUCGUCAACGCCGAGCCCGUCGUACGUACCUCACCGACCACGCCUUUGCCUUUGACCGUGCAUGGUCUGCUCGACAAGUUAGAUCCAAGCAGGGUUUCAUCACUGCCUGAGGAAGUAGCAACGCAGGCCGCGCCACAAGAAGAGCCUGCCGAUGUGCGCGACGCUCUUCGACGUGCAACACUGGCGCGCUUUGCCAACGCACCGGCACCCAAGCCAACUGAAUCGGCACCGCAAGAUCCUCUACUGAUUCCCCUCUUUGACCCCGUUUCCGUCCCCGACUUUUACGAAAAGGCACAGCAGUUGCCGGACGCACUUGCCGACUGGGUCCCUCUUGCACAGAUACCCCACUCCGCGUCCUUUGAGGCAGGCGAAAUUGAUACCCAACUGCGUGAGCGAUUACGUCUUUUGCAAGACACGCAGUCCGUACUGAACGACUCUAUUUCGAAAUUGCACACGGCGCUUGCAGCCUCGGCGGCGGAAAAAGGGAAGGAGAAGGCGCAUGAUGCAUAG